UGAAAUUGCUGGAGCUACAGAGCUGGGCUCCGUGUGUGUGGCUGGACCGGACUUCGCAAGUGUUCGUGUCUCGUGCCCCACGCGAGCCCCCGAGGCUCCCAGCGGGGUUCACACGCCCCAGAUCAUGGGGGAGCAGCAGAGAGAUGGCUCCGUGGGGCUGGGAGCUGUGCCAAGGGGGCUGGCGAGCCCAGCAGCUGCCCAUGUGCCCCAAGAUAAACAUGACCCCAGCAGGGCCCUCUAGACCUUGUGUCAGCCACGGGUCUCCGGCAGAGCAGUUAGCUCCAUAGGGGGCCAUACACACAUCCCCGUGGGGCUGUGCCCUGGCCUCUGACCUCCCUGUCCCCCCCACAGAUCGGCCUGCCCUGGGCGAGGAGGGGAGCGGGCUGGCACAGGAGCUGGUGGUCGCUGCGGCUGGCUACCAGGCGCUGGUGGGGUUCGAGGAGGUGGCCAUGUAUUUCUCCCGGGAGGAGUGGGGGCUCCUGGACGAAGGGCAGAGGCAGCUUUACAGGGACGUCAUGCAGGAGAAUUACCAGACUCUGAUCUCGCUGGGCUUCCCUGUCCUCGACCUGGCUGUGAUCUCCUGCAUGGAGCGAGAGGAAGAGCUGAGAGUCCCUGAUCUCCAGGGCUCCAAGGAAUGGGAGCUCCUGAGAGGCGCCCACAUAGCAGGUGCCGGGAGAGAGAAGGGGAAGUCCCAACAGGAAGGGGCUAUGGGAGCGGAGCUGAAUGGGACGUCCCGGAGCCCUGAACGGGGAGAUGGUGGCAGAAAAGCACGUCAGCAGGCAGAGAAGGAGCCAGGGCGCAGGCGCAGGAGGGCAUGGCCCGUCAACUGUGGGGACUGUGGGAAAAGCUUCAUGAAGAACUCAGAGUUAAUCAAACACCAGCGCACGCACACGGGUGAGAGGCCCUACCGGUGUCCUGAUUGCGGGAGGUGCUUCGCCAUCCGCUGCACCUUGGAUCGCCACCAGCGGAUCCACACCGAUGAGCGGCCCUUUCCCUGCACCCGCUGCGGGAAGAGCUUCAAGCUUAGCUCGUCCCUGAGCCGGCACUGGCGUGUCCAUGCUCAGGAGGGGCCCUGUUUCUGCGCUGAAUGCGGCAGGGGUUUCCGGCACAGUGCUGCACUGAUCCAGCACCAGGCUGAGCACCUGAACCAUGGAGACCCCACCAACGGACCUGUGCGGACACGGGUCUACAAGGACCCAUUCGUCCAGGCAUGGGACCUUGAGGGGGAGGCUGGUGGGAUGUGGUAUGCUGAACCUGUGAAAGAGGAGAGUGGGUGAUGGGAUCUGCACUUGAGUUGUGGGUCUGGGCAAGAGAUGCUGGAGUGAGAAGAGAGCAGCUCUAAGGAAUGCAGGGACUGAACCUGUGAUCUCUGGAUCUAAUAUCUGGAGCUGGGCUGUGAGACAGUGUGGUCUAGGGCAGUGGUUCUCAACCGGGGUAAAUGUAUCCCUGGGGAUACACAGAGCUCUUC